AUGGCUGCUCAGCAAACACCCAACCAGCCGCGCGCCUUCAACGCUCCUUACCUGCCGAACGGUGGCCCAAACGUCGGCCCUACGCCUGGCAACCUAAGAUCUCUGAACGAGCUCGCCGACCAGGCGAGAGCUGACGCCAUCAUCCACACCGGUGACUUCGGAUUCUACGAUGAUCGCUCGCUAGAUCGCAUCGCCGAGAAGACGCUCCGCCAUGUCGCCCAGUACUCGCCGCUUCUUUCGCAAGCUGUGAAGAACUCGAUCGCGCAAGCCCCUCCGCAACCUCCUCUCAGGGAACGUUACGUUCGUGAAGGACUGAAGCUCUCGGAACUCCCGGACUUCCUCAACGGUACCUACAGCCUGAAGGUGCCCGUCUACACAGUCUGGGGCGCGUGUGAGGACGUUCAAGUUCUGGAGAAGCUGCGUUCGGGAGAGUACAAGAUCAGCAAUCUUCACAUCAUCGAUGAGGCACACUCCCGACUGGUUGAGGCUGGUGGUAUCAAGCUCCGCCUGCUUGGCCUGGGUGGUGCCGUCGUCAUGCACAAGCUGUUUGACAAUGGUGAGGGAAGGACGACCAUCGCUGGUGGCCAAGGCACCAUGUGGACGACACUGUUGCAGAUGGGCGAGCUGGUCGAUACGGCCAAUCGCGUCUACGAUCCCACGGAAACUCGCAUUUUCGUCACCCACGCCUCACCCGCUCGUGAGGGUCUUCUCAACCAGCUCUCCGUCACCUUGAAGGCAGACUUCUCCAUCUCCGCGGGCCUGCACUUCCGUUACGGUAGCUCUUACAAUGAGUUUAGCGUGAACCCAACCCUGGACCACUACCGCGGCAAGCUUGCGGCUUCCCGCGCCUCGUUCAACGAUGUCUGGGAGACUGUCAAGAGUGAGGUGGAGCCGGCCGUCUCGGAGAACACAAGCCAGCAGCAGCUGCUGAAAUUGGCUCUGGAUAUCGUCGAGAAGAUGCCCACGAUUGCCAAUGGCGGCAACCCGUUCGGAGGCCACGUUGGACCUGCGACGGGACAGAUCGACGAGAGCGCGUUCAAGAACAUGUGGAAUUUCAACUUGGCAGAUGCUGCCUACGGUUGGUUGGUUCUGGACAUUGACCAAGGCAGGAUCGGUACCGAAAUGCGUGCUCAGGGUUUCAAUUUCGCCCACCGUGGUGUGAAGAAUGCUCCGCAGGGUCCGCCCUCUGCCUCGAAUGCCGCACCCGCUCAGGCUCCCACCGGCCCUCAGCAGUCUCGCCCGGCUGCUGGCACUCCGGCGCAGUCGCAGCAGCCCAAGGCUGCACCUCAGCCUACUCGCUCGCCUGCUCCGGCCGUUCCCAAUCUUCCAAUCAAACCAGCUACCCCGAAGCCUGCCGCCACGCCUGGUACCGCAGGUACUCCCGCCGUAGGCAACGCGGAAAAGGGAACUCCCACGGAGACCAAGCCGAACGGAACCUCUGGCCAAGACAAGCCCGCUGAGUCGUCUGCACCUAAGCCGGAGCUUGGAAACGCGCGCCCUCCGGUUCAUGGUCUUUUCAUCACCAAUGCCGGAUCCGAAGACGACGCCAAGGCUCUGUUUGCCGCAGACGACAAGGACAAGAUCCAGCGCAUUGACAAGGGCAAGAAUCCUGCCGGCGGCAUGACGGCCCACUUUGACCCGGUUGAAGAUCUGCACGCGAUCUUGAACCGGAUGGAUCCUGAGUACACCAGCGGUAAGCAAGGCAAGCCGUAUGUGAGGGUGUACAAGCCCCGGGGCGGCGCGCUCGGCAGCUGGGGAAGCACUCGCGGUGGUGCUCAGGGCAGUGGAUACCGCAGCGGCGGAGCUAGCGACAGCGAAGGCGGCCGUGGCCGUGGCGGUUUCCGCGGUAACCGCGGUGGCCGAGGAGGUGAGAGGGGCCGCGGUCGUGGCCGCGGCGGUUACAAGGACGGUGGCUCCGGCGCACCCGCUGGCGGCGACUCGUGA